GGAUGUCAAUAUGCGGCUGGUUGCGGCGCUGGGAGACGGAACCUCCGGGAGGAUGUGAACCAGUCCCCGGGGAACAGCAGCCAACACACCACCCUCACCUCCGGGCCAACGCGAACCUCGGGCCCGACUCACGGACGCACGGCCGCGGGCAGCUCGUCGGGUCUUUCUCCCCCCCCAGCAGCGGAGCGUCUGUCUGCAAGCAGCCAUCUUUAGCGAAGGGAUGUCCGGGGCCUGCUCGGGCUCCAGCCGGGGCCGGAGCCUGCUGAUGCUGACCACCGCGCUCCUGCUGUCGCUCGCUGGGCUCCUGUCCGGGCUGCCCGGCUCCACCGAGGCGAAGGACUGCGACAAGCCGUGCAUGAACGGCCAGUGCAACGCGGGCAGCUGUGUGUGCUUCCCCGGCUGGGUCGGGGACCAGUGCCAGCACUGCGGAGGGAGAUUCAGGCUGACGGGGCCGAACGGCAGUCUGAGUGACGGACAAGGAAACUACAAGUACAAGACCAAGUGCACGUGGCUCAUCGAGGGGAAGCCCAACACCGUACUGAGACUGAGGUUCAACCACUUUGCCACCGAGUGCAGCUGGGACCACCUGUACGUGUACGACGGGGACUCCAUCUACGCCCCGCUGCUCGCUGCCUUCAGUGGUCUCAUCGUCCCUGAGCGCUAUGGGAACGAGACGGUUCCAGAGGUGGUGUCCCAGUCCGGCUUCGCCCUGCUGCACUUCUUCAGUGAUGCUGCCUACAACCUCACCGGCUUCAACAUCUCCUACAGGGUGAAUUCCUGUCCCAACAACUGCUCGGGCCACGGCGAGUGUCGCGUGGGGAACUCCAGUUCCUCGGUGCUCUGCGAGUGUGAAGCCAACUGGAAGGGAGAGGCCUGCGACGUCCCGUACUGCCUGGCCGACUGCGGCUCCCCCGAGCGAGGCCGCUGCCAGGACGAGGCCUGCGUCUGCAACACGGGAUGGCAAGCUCCAGACUGCUCCGUGUCAGCUCCUGCAAACUCCUCCUUCUGGACCCGGCAGGAGUUCACCGAGGCUGGGCUGGCGAAGGCCGCCCACAAGGCCGUGGUGGACCAGGGCAUCAUGUGGGUCAUCGGGGGUUACGUCUUCAACGCCUCGGACUAUCACGUGGUCAAAGCGUUCAACGUCAGCAGCAAGAGGUGGCUGAGCCUGGAGCCCUCCGUCCACACGGUCACGCCUCGAUACGGCCACUCGCUGGCGCUGCACGAGGGAAAGAUCUUCAUGUACGGAGGAAAGAUCGACUCCUCUGGGAACGUGUCCAGCCAGCUCUGGGUUUUCUACAUCCAGAACCAGACCUGGGUCCUCCUGACCCCCCGGGCCAAGGAGCAGUAUGCCGUGGUGGGACACUCCGCCCACAUUGUGCCUCCCUCCCAGGAGGGGGGCGACCCCAUCAUGCUGGUUCUGUUCGGACACUGUCCUCUGUACGGUUACAUCAGCCAGGUCCAGGAGUACAACAUCGCCAAGAACACGUGGAGCAUGGUGUCCACGGACGGGGCGCUGGUCCAGGGCGGCUACGGCCACAGCAGCGUCUUCGACCCGGGCACCAGAGGCAUCUACAUCCACGGGGGCUACAAGGCCUUCAGCGCCACCAAGUACGGCUUGGCUGGAGACCUGUACAAGUUCGACGUGGACAAGAGGAAGUGGACCAUCCUGAGAGACAGCGGCUUCUUCCGGUACCUCCACACGGCGGUGAUCGUGAGCGGGGCGAUGCUGGUGUUCGGAGGAAACACACACAAUGACACGUCCAUGAGCCACGGCGCCAAGUGCUUCUCCUCCGACUUCCUGGCCUACAGUCUGGCGUGCGAUGAGUGGACGGUGCUGCCUCGACCGGACCUCUACAAUGACGUCAACCGCUUCGGGCACUCGGCGGUCCUCAGCGACAGUGUGAUGUACGUGUUCGGCGGCUUCAACAGCCUGCUGCUCAGCGACGUCCUCAUGUACACCUCGCCCAGCUGCUCGGCCUUCCCCAGCCAGGCGGCCUGCAGCCAGGCCUGGCCGGGGAUCCACUGCGUCUGGAAUGGCACCGAAGGGACCUGCCUCCCCUGGGAGAGCAGUGGACCUGAGCUCCAGCAGCUCCCGGCCUCCUGCAACACACGAUCAUAUGUGGACAGCGAGAAGUGCGACCAGUACACGGACUGUUACAGCUGCACCGCCAACACCAACGGCUGCCAGUGGUGCUCCACCCAGUGCGUCUCUCUGGGAAGCAACUGCACCGCCGCAUCGGGGUCAAUAGGGGAGUUUGAUGUCUGCCCCCGGGACAAUCCCUCCUUCGUGUGCAACAAGAAAACCAGCUGCAAGAGCUGCGCUGUGGACCAGAACUGUCAGUGGGAUCCUCGCAACCAGGAGUGCAUCUCACUGCCAGAAAACGUGUGCGGUGAAACCUGGCAUCUGGUCGGCAACUCCUGUCUGAAGUUCAUCACGGCCAAGGACUCGUACGACAACGCCAAGCUGGCCUGCAGGAGCCACAACGCCGUGCUGGCCUCGCUCACCACCCAGAAGAAGGUGGACUUUGUGCUGAAGGAGCUGCAGAUCAUGAGCAUGGUGUACAAGGCCUCGGUGACGCCGUGGGUGGGACUGAGGAAGAUCAACGUGUCGUACUGGUGCUGGGAGGACAUGUCGCCCUUCACCAACACCUCCCUGCAGUGGCUGCCCGGGGAGCCCAGCGACGCCGGCUUCUGCGGCUACCUGGCCGAGCCGGCGGCCAGCGGGCUGAAGGCUCAGACCUGCAUCAACCCGGUGAACGGCAGCAUGUGUGAACGACCGGCCAACCACAGCGCCAAGCAGUGCCGGACGCCGUGCGCCCUGAGGACCACGUGCAGCGAGUGCACCAGCAGCAGCAGCUCGGAGUGCAUGUGGUGCAGCAACAUGAAGCAGUGCGUGGACUCCAACGCCUACGUGGCCUCCUUCCCCUUCGGCCAGUGCAUGGAGUGGUACACCUUGAGCUCCUGUCCACCGGAGAACUGCUCCGGGUACAGAACGUGUGGCCAUUGCCUGGACCAGCCCGGCUGUGGUUGGUGCACCGAUCCCAGUAACACAGGUAAAGGCCAGUGCAUCGAGGGCUCGUACCGCGGGCCCUUCCAGACGUCCGUCCCGGCCCCGUCCACCCUGCCCGGUCUGCUCACCAGCUCUCAGCCGGCCCUCAACGCCAGCAUGUGUCCCAGUGGGGACAAAUACAACUGGUCCUUCAUCCACUGCCCAGCUUGUCAGUGUAACGGUCACAGUCAGUGCCUCAACCAGAGCGUGUGUGAGAAGUGCGAGGACCUGACGAGCGGCCGUCACUGCGAGAGCUGCAUCUCCGGCUUCUACGGGGAUCCGACCAACGGGGGCAGCUGCCAGCCCUGCAAGUGUAACGGCCACGCCAGCAUGUGCAACCCCCUCAACGGCAAGUGCUUCUGCACCACCAAGGGCAUCAAAGGAGAUCGCUGCCACCUGUGUGAAGUGGAGAACCGUUACCAAGGCAACCCCCUCAAAGGAACAUGCUACUACACGCUCCUCAUCGACUACCAGUUCACCUUCAGCCUGUCGCAGGAGGACGACCGCUACUACACCGCCAUCAACUUCGUGGCCACGCCUGAGGAGCCCAACCGGGAUCUGGACAUGUUUAUAAACGCCUCCAAGAACUUCAACCUGAACAUCACCUGGGCCACGAGCUUCAGUGCAGGAACUCAGACCGGCGAGGAGAUCCCCAUCGUCUCUCGGAGCAACAUCAAAGAGUUCAAAGACAGCUUCUCCAACGAGAACUUUGAUUUCCGCAACAACCCGAACAUCACGUUCUUCGUCUACGUGAGCAACUUCACCUGGCCAAUCAAGAUCCAGAUCGCCUUCUCCCAGCACAGUAACUUCAUGGACCUGGUGCAGUUCUUUGUCACAUUCUUCAGUUGCUUCCUGUCCCUGCUCCUGGUGGCCGCCGUGGUCUGGAAGAUCAAACAGAGCUGCUGGGCGUCCCGGAGACGAGAGCAACUGCUGAGAGAGAUGCAGCAGAUGGCGAGCCGGCCCUUCGCCACCAUCAACGUGGCCUUGGAGACGGACGAGGAGCCGCCCGACCUGAUAGGAGGAAAUGUGAAGUCGGUUCCUAAGCCCAUCGCCCUCGAGCCGUGCUUCGGCAACAAAGCCGCCGUGCUCUCCAUCUUCGUGCGGUUACCCAGAGGCACCGGGGGCAUCCCUCCUCCAGGACAGUCUGGUCUGGCGGUGGCCAGUGCGCUGGUGGACGUCUCCCAGACGUUGUGUGGAGGCUACAAGGAGAAGUCCGGAGGCCUGAGGAGCCGCAAACAGCAGCCGACCGCACAACCCUCCACCUGCAUCUGACCGCACCCCCGCCCCGCUCCACCAUUCCCGGCCAAAUGCUCACCCAUUAGCCCCCUGCCUCGGCCACCCCUCCUGUAGAGACUUCUGCCAGCUCCGCUCUGGCAGGGACAAGUGCAUGCUGGGAUACAGGACUGGGACAUCUGGGCGAGGGGCAGAGUCAUCCGGUGGACUGACACCUCAGCGGGGUCCCCCCCCCCCCCCCCCCCCCCCUCUCCUCCUGCAGGAACUUUACAGAUCCCUCGAACUGAGCGACAGAAACCGGACAUGGAUGAGGGGGAGCACUAGAAGGGGGGGGGGGUGGACCUUUUCCCAUCGAACUGAACUAAAACAUUUUACAUUUGUCGACACCGCCUCAUUAUUGUCGAGGCGACCACGGCUUGCUGCUAGAGGAGAUCGUAGUUCUCCAAGAAUCCAGAGACUUUGUGCUGCAAACUCAUUUUACUUAAAUUAUUGUUGCGCUUUGUUUUGUAUUGUGUUAUUUUGAAGCCAGGAACAAACUGGACAUGUGCAAUUGUACAUGCAACCCCCACGCACGCACACGCAAACACACACAUACACACACACACACUUUCUCUCCUCUAAAACCCCACCACCCAGGCCUCUGACCCGUUUACAGCCCCUUGUCGCCUGCUGAUCUCAGCUCAGCCCUGAGGGCCGGGGUCACUGGGGUCAUGUACAGUUUGGCCCCCGAGCCAGAGAGCACCACGUUCAGGCUUCACCCAAAUGAAGAUCCACCUCGGAGGCCGGCCCGCGCAGCCAGAGCCCGUCUGAGGAGAGGGGGACAUUUGUAAUUGGCCUGUCUCUCUCUCUCUGUCCGUCUCUGUGGCCUGUCUGGAGAUUUGCCUCUCUCGCCCCCCCCCCCCCAGACCACGGUAACAUCUCCUCCACGCUGGCUGGCUGGAUCGUAAGCCGAUUGAAACUUUUCCAGCUAAUUACUCCCCGGUUGCGAUGGAAAGCCUGUGUCCCUGCACAACCAGGUUCACACCGGGCUCUUACACACACAGACACACAUACACACACAGACACACACACACACACACUACAACAGUUGGCGGUGAGAGACCCCGCCAGUAACGAUUGUCCCUUUAGCUGUGGCCUGGAGCUCGUGUGAACCGGGCUUCCUUCAGAUCCUGGGACUGAUCGACUGCAGUGAUCAGUCUGACCUGCGUGAGGGCGACGGUUCAACGCCCUGUGUGAUCGUCGCCUCUAACUGCUGCUGCCGAGUAUCCAAACGCAAAGCAUGCCCCCCCCUGAGCGGUGACGUCUGUGCGCUUGGUGAUGAAGCCACAGUGGAGCUAACGCCAACAUCUGAGUGGUUCCAGUCCCAGAGAUUUGAACAUGGAGUAAACAUGCGUCACUGGGAUGAGCCGCCCACUUUCCAAAUGUCAGUCAGUCUUUUUAAUUUGCACCUUUUGUUGAAUGGAUUUUUUUGUAAUGACCUUACCUUCAGGAUGACCUCUGGCAUUUAUUCUCCAAAAGCAAAAGAAAGACAACACAUCCAUUUGUUUGGUUUUAUAUGAAAACGAUCUUUCCUCCUGAUCUCUGGCUGCACAUCCUCUUUCUUUGUGUGUGAGUUCCUUUAAGCCGGUCCUAUUCUUUUUUAUUUCCCCUCUUCUUUUUAUAUCUGCUCCUUCCAGCGUUCUUAUCUGAAAUCAGAGGCUCGUUUUUAGAGAAGCAUCACUUCUUUGUCCAGCUGGAAAUGAGCGAGAGGAGAAAGAAAAACACGAAGCAAACACAACACACAACACAAAAAAAGGGUGUAGACAGAGAAAUGUUUUCAUCUCCAGUAUCUCCUGGUCGUGUCUGCAGGACGUAGGUUCCAUCCUGCAGGUCUGUGGAAGCAGAGGAACACAGAGGAACCCAGAUGCAGGAGAUAACUCUGCCUCCCACGCUCACUUAUUAACUUCCCGCCCUCGGAGAAGUACAGUAAUAGAAGAAUUUAAUAACUCGCCCGCUGCCCUAAAGAGCCGGACGGGUUCAGUUCCCGGCUCUCACGUGUGUUCAGCACACUAGAACCGCUGCCCGCCUGGUUAAAGGGCAAACUUUUAGCACUGGAAAAAGGUCAGAGCGGAAAAGCAUGAACAAAGUUGACAUUCUGUAAUUAUAGAUCUGGGUGUGCUCACGACUCCACUCACUGAGGAGUCAGAGCUCUUCAUCCCGGACUCUUUAUUAUCAAUCGCUCUUUUGACCUUUACCUCCACGAGACUGCAGCUUUAGAUCUUGAUUCUCCUGCAGAGACUCGAUGGUAGAAAAUCUCCAUGAGCCGUCAGUCCAGCUUUUUAACAGUUUGUACCAGAUUCCCUCCCAGACACCUGUCACCGCCUCUCAGGUGGGCGGGGCUUUGUUUCCCUCGGUUUGGCAGGAAACCAGCCGUCAUCUCCAAACAUCUUGUCGAGUGGAGGGGGGGGGGGGUAAAUGCUGGCAGUGGUGGGAACAUCUUGUUAUAUUCAGGCUCUUUUAAUCUUUCUCUGCAGAAAUGAUUCCACCAUAGAUUUAGAUUUGUAAACAGAGGUUUACAAAUGUAACUGUGACCGAAGAUAUUUUCAAUAAUCAAAGUUGUGUUUACGGUGGAUAUUACCCAUAAUCCCCAGCUUCUUGAACCAGAAGAGCUGCAGCUACGAUAAAUCCAACAAACUCUUGUUUAGAAUUCUUCACAUUUGAAAAAUGUUUCCUGCUGAAUAUUGGAGAUAAUGAUAGUUUUACAGGUUAAAAGUUGUGUAGUGUUGCGUUAAAGCACAAACGUGUAAUAAUCAUAAGAAGCCAGAACAUAACACACAACAUGAGCUGUCCCCAGAUCCCAGACACCAACAUGCCUGAAGUCUCAGGAGCAGCUCUGAGAUCAGCCCACAUCUCUCAUUCCACUCCACACCUCUGUUGUCAGAAGAUCCCUUUAUUUCAUCCUCAAGAUGAAUUCACGAGUCGUCUCCAGUCUCGACUCCUUCGUUUCACACAAAUCUCAUUUUGCCAAGAAUCUGGUCGGAUUCAAAUCACAUUCAUUUCACCAGGAAACAAGAUUGUGUUUGUUUCUUUCUCCUUUUUUUUUGUUGCUGUUGUGCUUUUUAUAAAUGAAUGUAAAACCUGCAGCCAAGGUAAACGUGUAACCACCUGCAGCCUGUGAGCGUCACUGCCUCUGGGGCCCUGUGUGGCACGGUGGUGCAGUGGACAACACAGUUACACAAUCGACUGCUCGGGUCUGGAACUCUAACUCUCUAAAUCUCACUUGCUCUUUCCUCUGUGGUUUGAUCAGUUUCUGGUCUCGGAUCAGUUUCCCAGUUUUACUCUUCUCAAACUGCAGCGUCAGCAGAAUGAUUCCAAACACAAACUCUAUUAUCUGUAAACGCUGUUUGACCCAGAUCUGCUAUCGCCCCCCCCCCCCCCCCCCCCCCCGCCCCUCCUCCUCCCUCCCCCCCGCUGGGUUUCUACAAACAUCCCAAAAGUCCCGGAGCAGAGUAAUGAAGAGAAAUUAGAAGAAAUCCUGCAGCUUCAGCUUUUAUCAGAGAUUCUCUAAACGUCAGGUUCACCCACACGUUCUAUUUAUUGGACGUCUUCUCCGAGCGUCGCUCUACAUUUCCCGUUAGCUGAACUGCACCUUAGUGCUAAUGUAGAUUAUUAUCGUGAAGCCCAUCUUCUUAUGAUCAGUGUGAUUUAUGGUUGUAGUAAAGAAUUGCGUAGCUUUAACUUGUCCUUGAUUCAAUAAUUCAGAUCUGGAUCAAGACAUUCUUUGCUCUAGAAUCUAGAAAGACACAGAAGCUGUUUCUCCUCAUGUCCGACUCGUCCACCUGUUUCCUGGAGUUCUAACAAACGUCUAACACCACUUUCCAUAUUUCAGCGCCACCUGCAGGUCAGCGGGUUUGUGUAAAAAUGAGAUUUGACCCAUUGAUCCGUUGGAGCCACAUGCGGCCAGACGCCCCACAGCGUAGCUUCAGGUUCCUGCUGGUGCAAUCCCAACAUAAAAAGGUUUUCCAGCAGGAAGCCAGUGGGAGGCAGAUGCACGUGUCACCGACUCGCCUCGACUCCUCACCGGUGCUUUUUUCUUAAAGAUAAUGAAUUUACCACCAAAUACCAGCGGGACAAUUAGCAGCAGCUGCAGGUUGAUGGGACCAGUAGCUUGAUGGGACGUGUGUCGUGGCCUGAGUGGAGCCGGGGACCUUUUAGAAAAUGAUCGUAACUGAAAGCUCCCGUCUCAACAGAUUGACAAACGAUAAAUGUGACGUACAAAUGUUCCUUUUCUCUCCAAUGUAGCUGCAACACAGACAAGUGUGUGCCCCCCCCCCCCCCCCCCCCGCCCACAAACACACACAGCAGCGACAGAUCAAAACCCAACGAGCACAAACACAAACCUUUGCUCUGUCCGCAGAGAGCCGGACUCACGGAGGUUGAAUCUCUCCUGAUCCUGACUUCACCUCUUUGUGUGAAAACCCAAUUUUUCUGAUUUACGCCGACGAGCAGCUUCUCCUCCUCCUCCUCCUCCUCCUCCUCUUCCUCCUCCUCCUCCUCCUCCUCCUCCUCUUCCUCCGUCUCCUCCCGCUCCCCCGAGCCUCAAUAUAUUCAUCAUGUAACACUACCUUCACAGUGGCCUCCUUUUCCAGCUCGGUCAUCUCUGUGUUAACCGAUUCAAACGUAGAGCAAAUGCAUAUUUAUGGAGUUUUUUUUUUAAACUGGAAAAAUCGUUAUAUUCACAAAGCAAGUGGGCGUGUCCUGUCAAACACUGGUGAUAUUUCAGAAAUGCUUUGAUGCACAGGUCGAAGUGUGAGAACGAGGUCAUGGUGAAACUGGACGUUACCCUCUGGUCUUUCUUUGUACAGCGGCAUUAUGAAUACUGAUGAAGUAGUUUGUUAAUAUGUAUAAUUUAGCAGUUGCUGUUGUUUGUUUUGUUUGGUUGUAAAUAUUGAGAAAGUAUUGUGAAUGACGCUCCUUGGCUUUUUAAAGAUGUGACGCAGCGUGAAGACGAAGAAGCAUCAGUAGAGGAUGAAGAUGAACCCCGUGUGUCACACCUGAGGACGCUAGCUUAACGAACCUGUAAUUACUCCUGUACAUAAAAACAAAAAAGAAUGACACAGCAUUUUUUUUGUCUAUUAUUAAAUGUGGAAAUCCA